CUUACAACUGUUCCGCGUCGGGACAUACAAAUUACAAACCCCAGCUGACUUGCCAUCACUCCAACUCUCAAUUUCAUUUUCAUUUCAUUUCGGAAUAAUUUAGCGGUGCUCGUUGAUGGGUCUCCGAUUUUCAUCUCCGGCACCGGAAUCCGCGUCGAAAACCAGUUUGGGCGAGUUACCCGAGAGUUGCGUGGCUCAGAUCAUGACCUACAUGGACCCUCCCCAGAUUUGCAAGCUCGCCACCUUGAAUCGCACCUUCCGCGGCGCUUCUUCGGCGGAUUUCGUCUGGGAAUCGAAGCUUCCCCCCAAUUAUCCCGUUCUUCUCCGCGAAAUCUUCACCGAUUUUCCCUCCGAUUUGGGCAAGCGAGGGAUUUACACUAGGCUUUGCAGGAUCAAUUCUUUUGAUGAAGGCACCAAGAAAGUUUGGCUGGAUCGAAGCAUGGGUAAGCUAUGUAUGUGCAUAUCGGCGAAGGGACUUUCAAUUACGGGGAUUGAUGAUCGGAGAUAUUGGAACCAUAUCCCCACUGAAGAAUCUAGAUUCAGCACUGUUGCAUACCUCCAGCAAAUCUGGUGGUUUGAAGUGGAUGGGGAAGUUGAGUUCCCAUUUCCUGCUGGGAGAUAUAGCUUAUACUUCAGAAUACAUCUAGGGAGAGCCUCCAAGAGGUUUGGACGACGAGUCUGCAGCACAGAUCAUGUUCAUGGGUGGGACAUAAAACCUGUAAGAUUUCAGCUAUGGACUUCAGAUGGGCAGUAUGUUGCAUCCCAGUGUUUUCUGAAAGGACCAGGUCAAUGGAUCUAUUACCAUGCUGGCGAUUUUGUUGUUGAGAACGGCAAUGCAUCAACAAAAAUUAAAUUCUCUAUGACUCAAAUCGAUUGCACACACACAAAAGGUGGUCUCUGUUUGGAUUCUGUGCUCAUAUAUCCAAGUGAAUUCAGAAGGGUUAAGGCAUUUUUGAAUUACUCUUAACCUGUGUGAUAAAUAUAUAGCAGUACACAAGUAUUUAUGUGUAUAGAGCUUAGGACGCGUCAGGAGGAAUAGAGAAUCGAGUUUUUAAUAUGGUUCUUUUAGGUUUAGAAUUUUGUAGAAGCCAGGUGGCAAUGUAUAUAUGUGUAAUAUUUGUUUAAUUAGUCUGGUGAAGAAUAUUAUAUACUUUUGGCAGAUGGAACAAAAAUGACCAUUUGAUGACAAUGAAACAUGGAUCAAGUUGAAGGAAACGAAUAAAGUGGACUACUUUUUAUGGGAUAAAGUGGAUUAUAUUUAUUGGCUAUAGGAAUAUACUCACAACUUGAAACUUGGCUAUUCGUUUUUACUUGACUUGUGUCCCGGUGAUUUAAUAUUAAUUCAAAUUAAUCACAAUUGCU